AUGUUACGAAUUAAAAGUAGACUGAUAGCUGCAAAUGAUCUACCCGAACAACCAAAAUACGUUCCAUUAAAAUCCGUUCGUGUUGAAGGAAAGAUCGAAUCAUUUGCUGCUGAUGUGACAAUCAAACAAGUGUUUCGUAAUGACGAAACAAAUCCAAUCGAAGCUGUUUAUUGUUUUCCCAUCGAAGAACAAGCAGCUGUUUAUAAAUUCAUUGCACAAAUCGAUGAUCGACAAAUCGAAGCUGAUUUAAAAGAAAAGAAGGAAGCACAGAAAGAAUACAACGAAGCUCUUCAACAAGGUCAUGGCGCCUAUCUACUCGAACAGGAUGAGAAAUCUCAAGAUAAUUUUAUCAUUAACAUCGGUGCACUUCCAUCUGGAAAGGAAUGUCAUAUCACAAUAUCCUACGUAACCGAAUUGGACUUAAUUGAUAAUGGACAAAAGAUUCAAUUUGUUGUUCCGACUACCAUUGCGCCUCGCUAUAAUCCCUCCAAAAGUGGAAUAUCUUCGCCAGCUGGAACAACUUCUCAAUAUGUUCAAAGUGCGCCUUAUACCAUCGAUAUGCAGUGUGAAGUUGGCAAAACAAAUGUUUCACGUCUAAGCUCGCCGUCGCAUCCGGUCGAACUCGAUCUCAGUCAACAAGAUUACUAUGUAGUCAGAUUCAGUCAAAAUCAAACGCAUUUAGACCGUGAUAUUCUCCUUGAUAUUCAUUUGAAUGAGCAACGAUCGAAUACAGUUUUAGCAAUUGAACAAAAUGCUUUUAUGAUUUCAUUUACACCAAAUGAACAAGAUUGUCAACGAGCGAUGAAUAAUGUGGAAACAACGAAUGAAUUUGUAUUUAUUGUCGAUUGUAGUGGAUCAAUGCGAGAUGAGAAUAAGAUUGGCUAUGUUCGACAAUCGAUGAUGCUUUUCUUGAAAAGUCUUCCACUGAAUUCGUAUUUUAAUAUCAUUCGAUUUGGAUCGAGUCAUCGAUCAUUAUUUGACCAGGCAACAGUGAUUUAUAAUGAAGAAAAUUCGAAAAAAGCAGCAGAUUUAAUCAAAACAAUGGAAGCUGACUUAGGUGGAACGGAAUUAUUAAAUCCAUUGAAAUGGCUUGGUGAACAUCCACCACAAGAUGGUCGUUCUCGACAAAUCUUUCUUCUAACUGAUGGCGAAAUCUCGAAUGUCACUGAAGUUCUUGAUCUCUGUCGGUCAAUGUCGAAAUCGUCACGAAUAUUUUCCUUUGGCUUAGGUAGAUCACCAAGUCGUUCAUUAGUGAAAGGCUUGGCACGCUCAACCAACGGUCGAUUUUGUUUCAUUCCACCAUCAACAAAAGUUGAUACAUAUGUUGGUCAACAAUUAGAGAAAGCUCUUCAAUCAUCGAUAACAAAUCUUGAAAUCAAAUGGAAUUUACCAAUUCAAGNAGUCAACAAGAUUAUUAUGUAG